AUGCAAUGGCAGCGGUCCAUGUUUAAUCUCCUUAAAUUUCGCGGUGUGUGCCAGGCAGCGGCGAGGGCCCUGCACACGCAGCCGUCGUCGGCGGCAUCCGCGCUCGCGCUCAUCCGGUCGCAGCCAAACCAAUAUGUGAUUGCCUCAUUAGCCGGGAGAAAAUACCUGCUCGCGCCCCGCGACCUGCUCACCGUUCCCCGGCUCAACGAUGUCAGAGUCGGCGACGUUCUUGCUCUCUCCGAAAUCCACGAGUUCGGGUCACGAGAAUUCACGCUGCGCGGGGAUCCCCUGAUCCCCCAGGACGCGGUCAAAGUCGCCGCUACCGUCGUGGAACACACCAAGGGCAAGAUGGAGGUCAUCGUGAAGAAGAAGCGGAGAAAGGGCUACGUCAAGACCAUAAAGCAUAAACAGCCAUACACUCGUCUCCGCAUAGGGAGCAUAGACGUCGCUCUACCAGACCAAGUAUGA